UCGUAUAGUCGAUGAAGUGAAGUGUUGUGUUUAAUUUUUUGGUGCUAAGCGUCGCAUUUUCAAUUUUCGUUCAAAAUUUAAGUCUAUGUUUAUGUUUGCUAAAAGUCCAUACUUAAAUUCUAAUAAAAUUGUGAAUAUCGUUGAAAAAUCUCAAAAUGAGUUUCGUAGAUUUAGCUACUAUAGCAUUACAUCGUCGAAAUGAAAUGGAAGCCAGGAUUAAGGUGUUUUCGGAGAAAUGUGAUCAUGCGAUCAAUGAUAUAAAUAAACUGAAAACACAGGCACAGAACUUUGUCCAUCACUUAAACUGUGACCCAGCAGAUUUGAAAGAAAGAUUCUUAAACUGCAUGAAGAACCUUGAUGAAUUCACAUAUUUAAUUACAGAUUUCAACUUAGCUCUCAGUAAAUUGGGGUCAAAUACUAGUAUAGAGCUAACUCCUGUUCAUGAUACAUCCAUUACUGCGUUACCGGCAAGAUCAUCCAGAAUUUGUACUCCCUAUAAUCUUAUUGAUGUGUUGACGGAGCCCACACCUUCAACAUCUAAUGCAUGUCCCAAUCAGUGCCCAUCUGAGAAGCCGCUACGUAAAAAACUGUCAUCACAAGAUCAAGUUCUUAUUGCAUUCUCAAGUCCAAGCCCUUCCAGUUCCUCUGGAAGUAUAAAUAUUAAGAAAGAAACUACGGAAAAGGAGGUACAAUGUGAACUUUUAGAAAAAUCAAAAAAUACUGCUGAUGAUGAAUCUUCACCAAUAAAGUGUUUCAACUUGCCCGCACAGACUAUACUGUCAACAGACCAGGAGUAUUCUGCAAAAAUAUUGAGUGUUGACGGUGUCUCUUUCUGGGUUACUACAGAAAAUUAUAAUGAACUCUAUAACUUACUACUUGAAAUGAGUGAAUAUUACAAGACAAACUUCAUAGAGCUAACGCCUAAUGAAGUGAAAUCACUAACAUAUUGCGCUUGCUAUGAUCAUAAGAGAGACAAGUUUUUCCGAGGACUCUUCAUUAGACUUAAUGAGGAAUCAAACGCAAAUUACGUGGAAGUAUUUUUAGUAGACACUGGGGAAGUGCUCGUGACCUCUUUGGUGAAUGUGCAGCCGUUGCCGCAGAAUUUCUGCAAAUACCCACCAUUUGCACGGUGCUGCUAUCUAGCUGGGAUUGAAUUCUUGGUUUGUAAUGAAAACGACUAUGUAGAUAAGUUGGAAAAUGUUCUCAGGCAGUUUGUUAAUAAACAUUGCACCAUUAUUGUUGAUGAUAAUUCAUCGGAAGCACUGGGGGUGUUUGUGAGGAUGUUGCCUUCGGGGACUUAUCUCAGUCAUCUGUUAAUUGAUCAAGGAUUGGCUUAUGAAAUAGUUGAUGAGAAGUCACCGUCGGAAGUGAAGAUUGAGAAAGGUCCUCCGGAGCUGGUGGACCCGGAGUGUGACAUCAAUGACUGCCCUGAAUUUGAAGACCCGCUUGAAGCAGUCACGGGCUAUCACAAUCGAGAUGAGAUAGACAUCUGCAAGCAUUAUAAGGGCGGACCGGAGAAGACUUGCUUCAAAGGGGCGCGAUGCACAAAAAAACACAUUCUCAAACAUCCUGAGGGAUGGACACUGGACCGUGUGGCUGUAGCUGGCAAGUGCUUGCCGCUGCCGCUACCAGCACCUGGUGCCUGGCUGCAGGUCUACGUGUGUCAUGUCGUACACUACGACCGUUUCUACGUCCAGAUACCGCAGGAAUCACACAAAGUGGAGACGUCUAGUUUCGGCGUGGUGCUGCCUCCGAGCUCGCUGGAGGCUCUCGUGCGAGAUAUGAACAGUCCCGCCUCCCGCAUGGCCUACAAACCUCUCAAGAUGGCGCCGGCUCUGGGAGAGCUGGUAGCUGCGCUGUACCCGGCUGAUGAGAAGUGGUACCGCGCCCGCGUCGUCUCCUCCACCAGGGUGGACCAAAACAUUGAAGUGGUGUACAUCGACUACGGUAACACGGCGUGGGUGCUGGAAGAUGGUGUGCGGCAGCUGGCACCUCGGCACUGGGCGCUGCCGGCGCAGGCUGUGCCGUGCUCGCUGGCCGGCGUGCGCGCUCGCACUCAGCUCAGCCGCGACUGGGCGGACGCGCGCGCACUACUCAGCGCACUCAUCGCAGAUAAGACAAUCUCAGCACGCGUCAUUUCCCGGGAUUACGACGGCAUGGCUCUAGAGCUGUUCGACAGUGAGGGCGACAGCAUCGCGGAGCGGCUCGCUGAGAGCAAACUGAUUGAAGUCACAGAGUACGCCAUUUGCGACGACAGCGCCGCAAAGCAGCGCGUCGUAGUGCCGUAAACGUACAACAUAGUAUAGACAAGAUGACACUAGAGGCCCUUAAAUUAUCUGUAAUACAACCAUAGACAAGAUAACAUUAGUGAGACACAUAUUCAGUGACACAUGUUGUCAUCGCUCUAAUUAUUUUUGAAAAUACAGAAACAAUGUGUACAAAUAUCAUAGCAGACGAUACCUUUAAUAACAUUAUCUGUAAUUCAAUCAUAGACAAGAUAAUAAUCACUUGUAACUCUAAAUUGUUUAUAUUUGUUAUACAUAGAUAAGACAGCAUUUAUUCGAAAGUAUGUAUUGUUUAAUAGAUUCGAACCCAGGACCUGCAGAUUGCAAGUCAAAUGCUUAAUCCCUGAGCCACCUACGUUCAUCUAAGAACGAACGACAAAUCUAUGAAACGUGAUUGUUUUUUGUGCGUACUUUUUAUUACAACAUUACCUCAUUGACAGUGCAUUAUAUAUUAAUUUAAAU